UAAUGGAACAUGUGUGAAUUUGCCGGAGACUGUCUAUAACAUGAUACUAAGGUCAUGCCGACAAUUCUAUUUUAUAUUACAUUAUAUGUGUAAUUAAGCAACAUUGUAUACAAAUCAGUGAAACAAAAGAUCCAGAAAAAUGUCAUUUUAUUUACGUCCUAUUUCAAAUAAAUUUACAUCUUUUGUUAAUGUACGAAAACAAGUAACUGAUAUCAACUAUCAGUUAUUAAAUAAUAUUAAACCCUCUGUGUUUUUGGAUGAAUUUUUAGAUACGCAAGGAAGCUCAAUAAUAAAUGACAGAGAGAAACAUUUGAAUUCAACAGUUCAUUCGUUAAGUCAAAAUGAACCAGCUGUUUUUAAUGCUAAUAUUGAGAGUUAUAAAAACAAGAAAUAUAAUUGGACUAAACAGCGAAUUAUUAAAUUACACAAACAAAAACAAAUGAAUACUCAAAUGAAAAGUGUUAUCAAUUUAGAUUUAGACCUGAUAUUAUUAAAGAACAACACACAAUGGGAAAAAUCGUUCUUAAAUUUAAGAAAUAAAAGUUUUCAUUUACCAUAUACAAAGAUGGUAAUGACUAAGAGGAUAUCUGAUAAUCUCUUACUUAGCUCUCAAAAGGAUGGAAUGCUUUAUACAGCAACUGCUCCUAAUGUGCAUAGCACAAAUGAGAUGCAAGCUUCUGAAGAUCGUAAUCCAAUUGAAUCAAAUUUACAAAAUGUGUUUGAUAUUCUUCGUAAGGAUUUGCCGCUUCUAUUUGUUAAACAAUUGGAUUAUGGAAUCUAUACAAAGGAUAUAGUUUUUGUCAACAAUAUUAGAGGAACAACAAGUGUUGGUAUCCAGGAUUAUUUUAAGCAAGUAGCGUUUUUAAAAAUAAUAGGCCAUUUAAAGUAUGCUUUUGUUAAGUUCGAGGUUUUAAAAAUGACUAUGCAUCCUGAGGAUAACAGUAUUAAAGUUCGUUGGCGUAUAGUAGGUAUGUCUGGUACACGUGUAUUUCUUACAUUUUGGAAAAUUAAAGUCUGGAAUUCAAAAGAGCAAACAGAGAAUACACCAGCGUGGUAUGAUGGUUUUUCGACUUUUUAUGUUAACAAUGAUGGGAAGGUAUUCAAGCACGUCGUCGAUAAAACGAUGCCUGAUCAAAAUGUAACAGAAAAAUUGAAGUCACCCAUUGACGCAAAACUUGCAUUAUUUGUUGCUUUAUCAGGUUUAGAUACACAUUUUACUCAAUUUUGUUUAAGAAGAUAUACUAAACUGCUUCGAAUAAAAUAAAAUAGUUAUUACAAUUUUUUAAAUUAUUACAGCAUGUAAAAGAAAUAAAUGAUGCAAUUACAUAAUUAA